UUUCACGUUGUCGAGCGAGCAAUGAGCGAACAGAUGAAUUUUAUUAGGCUGGGUCUGUGUGAGUGCGACUAAUGAUGUGUUGAUAAGUGCUUUUGUGCGAUCUCCUGUAAGUAUUCGUGGACUUUGAAUUAUUGCAGUUUUGCCCUAAUUUCGCCCUUUUUCGACUAUCACAAUCGUGCGUGAAGAUUACGCCUCUACCGGUCCAAUUUUGCAAUAGUUUUCAUGUCAAAUUCGUGCUUUUAGGACAUGAUUCGUGAUCAUAAUCAGUCACAUCCUGUUCGGAUUGUAAUCAGCAGUUCCCGAAGAAAUCGAUCCUUUGAGUAGACUUGUCUUCUCGAGUGUGAAAUUCAUGGUGCGAAUUAUUCUGUGUGACCAUUUUAUUAUAAUUUAGGUCAAAGUCUAGCCUUGAAUUAUGAGUGUCAUGGCGUUGAACGUUUUUUCGUGUGCCUUGAUAAGUGUGGAAUGGGAUUGUUCGUGGCCAAAUUAAGGAAGUCAAUUCCGUGAAUAUCAAUCACCUUGCCUCGUACCUGUCUCGCUCCCUGUUGCUGACUUUUGGGUGGCACCCUCCUCUUAUCUCUCGUUGACCCAAAACCGAAGCUGUUGCCUUUGAAUUAUGUAAGCUUAUGGUCAGAGUUGACAAGGAGUGACUCGGGCCCAUUUUCUAGGAUGUCAGACAUAUCUGAACAGUUUCCGAGGAUAAACGCCUUUGCAAAUGGCAUGCAAUCUCCACAAUCUGAACUUUUCCCCAAGAUGAACAACAUUCAUAAAAACGGGCAGCCUCCUACAGAACAGUUCACAAAAAUGAAUGAUUCUCCAGCAGGUAUGAACUCUCAACCGAUGCCACCCAUGAUGCAAAACAAAAUGACUCAGCCACCACAGCAGCAACCUCAGCAGCGGUCCGUGCAGCAAUUUCCUUCGUCUCCAAAUAGCCAACCUACAGCCGAAGAGAAAUUACCCUCUGCGCUGUUGAAUGGUCCGCAAAACUCAGUGCCUAGUCUUCCUCCUGAAAUGCUUAAUUCAGCUCCAUCAGAUAGACUUUCCAACUUGCCUGAACAAUUCCAGAAAAUGAAUGUGUAUUCCAAUGGCACAGAGUUUCCUCCAUCCUCUAUCGGUGGAAGUAAAGAAGUUCCAUCUCCUCAGACAUCCCAAUCGCAAGUGCCACCUACCACUGGUGGUCAGUUUACCAAUCAGCAGAAUAGUUUCUCACAAGUAUCAACACAUUCACCACCUAGCAGUCAAAAUCAAUUUAGUAAUGUACAGAAACCUUUGACGCAGCAAAGUCCGUCACUGCCAAGCAGUCAAAAUCAAUUUAGCUUUCAACAGAAACCGCUUGCUCCGCAAACAAGCGUGCCACCCUCAAGUUUAAGUCAGUUUAGUAAUCAAUCAAACCCUCUGGCACAGCAAUCACAACCGGCAACUCUACCACCUAGCUCGCAGAGUCUCUCAUUUAGCAAUCAACAGAAACCGGUGGUCCAGCAACCACUGUCGCAGCAUACCAUGCCGCAUACACCACUGUCAAGCAGUCUUGGUCAGUUUGCUAAUCAGCAAACACCACCAACACCUCAAUCGACUUCAAUACCUCCAACAUCUCUGCCACCAAGUGGUCAGAGUAUGUUAACGAAUCAGCAAAAACCAUUAGUCCAGCAAUCACCCUCAAUGCCGCAAACAUCUGUCCCAUUGAGCAGUCAAAGUAUGUUUUCCAAUCAGCAAAAGCCAUUGGUCCAGCAAUCACCUUCAAUGCCACAAACAUCUCUUUCUUCGAGCGGUCAAAGUAUGUUUCCAAAUCAGCAGAAACCAUUGGUCCAGCAAUCACCUUUGAUGCCACAAACAUCUCUUCCUCCAAGCAGUCAAAGUAUGUUUCCAAAUCAGCAAAAACCAUUGGUCCAGCAAUCGCCUUCGAUGUCGCAACCAUCUCCUCUAUCGAGCAGUCAGAGUCCUUUCAUUAAUCAUCAGAAACCGUCGGUCCAGCAAUCACCUUCAAUGUCACAAACAUCUCUUCCUCCGAGCAGUCAGAGUAUGUUUCUUAAUCAGCAAAAGCCAUUGAGCCAGCAAUCACCUUCAAUGCCACAAACAUCUCUUCCUUCAAGCAGUCAAAGUAUGUUUCCAAAUCAACAAAAACCAUUAGUCCAGCAAUCACCUUCAAUGCCGCAAACGAGCAGUCUAAGUCAGUUUGGUGGUAUGCAGAAUCACCCUCAGCAAAAGCCACCAUCCAUGCAGCAAAUGCCUUCUCCACCUAGCAGUCAGAGUCAGUUUAUCAGUCAACAGGUAUCACAGUCAUCCUUGCCACCAAGUAGUCAAAAUCAGUUAAGCAAUCAGGGUAAGCCUCCACUGCAACAACCUUUGCCGAUUCCAAACCAGUUUCCACAAAUGAAAUCACCGCAAGCUCAGCAACCACCACUACCACCCAGCAGCCAGAAUCAGUUCAAUUAUCAGCAGAAGCAGCCAUUUCAACAAGGGACACAAAUGCAACAACCGCCUUUACCGCCCAGUAGUCAGAGUCAAUUCAGUAGUCAACAAAAGCCGCCCCAGAUGGCUUUCAAUAAUUCACCAUUGUCGGGACCCACCCCGGCUCCUCCAGUGCCAACACCCUCUCCAUCACAACGACCGCCGAGCAUAUCGCAACAGUACCCUAAAGUUAACGCUUACUACAAUGGACCGCAAGCAACUCCACCACCUGUCAGUAUGCCAAACAAAGUGGUGGCGCCGACGCAGCCUCCGUCACAACCAAUCUACUCACCUAACCAGUACGGAAAUCAGCAGAAAUCACCAUAUGUGCCGUACAACAAUACAAUGUCUCCUCAGAUGCCACCGCAACAGAGUCAGAAUUUCGCUCAACCACAAUACUCAAAUCAAAAUUAUUCCUCCAAUAUGAUGAACAGGUAUCCGGCUCAGCCUGGCGCGCCUGGACCCAAUGUUGUCCAAGGAGGAAUGAAUAAAGGAUGGGGUAUGGAAAUAUGUGAUCUUCUAAAAACGAGGGACAUCUUACCUCCGGAACAUGAGGACCCGCCUCCUAUUAAACUUCAACAAGAGCUUCUUAGCUCUCUAAAUUGCUCGCCUAGUAUUUUUCGUUGCACUCUGACGAAAAUUCCUGAAACGAAAGCACUACUAGAUAAAUCAAGGCUACCCUUGGGAGUGCUCAUCCAUCCUUUUAAAGAUCUAACCAAACUGACUGUUAUUCAAUCAUCUGUGAUAGUGAGGUGUCGUGCUUGUCGAACAUACAUUAACCCAUUCAUUCAUUUUGUUGAUAAUAAACAUUGGAAGUGUAAUCUGUGCUUCAGAGUGAAUGAAUUGCCCGAUGACUUUCAAUACGACCCUACGACUAGAACGUAUGGUGACCCAUCCAGGCGACCUGAAAUAAAAUCAUCUACUUUAGAAUUUAUUGCACCGUCUGAGUAUAUGGUGAGACCACCUCAGCCGGCUGUGUAUCUGUUUCUCCUGGAUGUAUCCAGGCUAGCCACUCAAAGCGGCUAUUUAUCAAUCGUUUGCGAAACGUUACUUGCCCAUUUAGAUAAUUUACCAGGAGAUGCUAGAACUUCGAUAGGGAUCAUCGCCUACGACAGUGCUGUCCAUUUCUAUUCGUUAGCUGUUGGUUCAAAUCGACCCCAUGAAAUGACUGUUCAGGAUGUAGAAGAUAUAUUUUUGCCAUGUCCAGACAAUCUCCUAGUUAAUUUAAACGAAUCUAAAGAAUUAGUAUGUGAACUUCUAAGUCAACUACCCAAGAAGUACAAGGAGAGCUUUGCUACAGACAGCGCAUUAGGUGCUGCUCUUCAAGCAGGCUACAAGUUACUGGCUCCCUCUGGAGGUCGAAUAACAGUUUUCCAGACAUGUCUUCCGAACCUUGGUCCCGGAAAGUUAGCACCUCGAGAAGAUCCAGCUCUUCGUGCCAGUGAAAAUGUUCAACACUUAAAUCCAUUCACUGAUUUUUAUAAAAAAUUAGCGUUAGACUGUUCUGCCCAACAAAUAGCUGUUGACCUAUUCGUAAUCAACAGUCAGUAUGUUGAUAUUGCCAGCUUGGCUGGAAUUUCCAAGUUCUCAGGUGGAUCGAUCUACCACAUACCUUUGUUCAGCGCUGUCAAUCAAACUCAUGUUGAAAAUUUGGAAAAAAUGUUCACGAGAUAUUUGAUCAGGAAAAUAGGUUUUGAAUCGGUCAUGAGACUCCGGUGUACCAGGGGAGUUUCUAUACAUACGUUCCAUGGUAACUUCUUCGUCCGGUCGACAGAUCUUUUAUCUUUACCAAACGUCAAUCCAGAUGCUGGAUACGGCAUGCAAGUUUCAAUCGAUGAAAACCUCACAGACAUAUCGAACGUCUGUUUCCAAGCUGCUUUGUUGUAUACGUCUAGCCAAGGAGAAAGACGAAUUCGUGUUCACACUUUGUGCCUUCCCGUAGCGUCUAGUUUGCAGGAAAUACUUUAUUCAGCUGACCAGGAGUGCAUUGUUGGAUUACUUUCUAAAAUGGCUGUUGAUAGGAGUGCACAGUCAUCACUGAGCGAUGCUCGAGAGGCAUUUGUCAAUGCAGUUGUAGAUAUCCUUUCAGCAUUUAGAACUGUACAGUCUUACGGUGGCGGACCAGGGUCGUUACUAGCUCCGAACACCUUACGGUUAUUGCCUCUCUACGUUCUGGCUCUACUGAAACAGACGGCGUUUAGAGUUGGCUCAAGUACGAGACUGGAUGAUAGAGUUUUCGCAAUGAACCAGAUGAAGUGUUUACCGUUAACAUUUUUAAUUCAAUCAGUUUAUCCCGAUUUAUAUCCUGUUCACUAUCUAGACCAAGUUCCGGAAGUAGAAUUUGAAGACAAGUUAGUUCCUCAACCUCCUCGCCUGCAACUCUCAUCCGAAAGGAUAGACAAGAAUGGUAUCUAUCUCAUGGACUCAGGGGACUCAUUUAUUUUAUACGUAGGACACAACGUCAACCCUCAACUACUGAAUAAUCUCCUAGGAGUGCCUCAUUUUAGUGCAUUACCUGAUAUAUCAUGUGGAAUUGCAGAAUUAGAAACUCCCGAAUCAGAAAGACUGCGUAAUUUUAUCAUUCUUUUAUGUGUUGAAAAACCAUACUGUCCACCCAUCACUGUUUUAAGGGACAACAGUUCUCACCGUUCCAUGUUCCUUGAGCGUCUGGUCGAAGAUAAAUACGACUCUGGAAUUUCCUACUAUGAAUUUCUACAGAGGAUAAAAGCCCAAGUGAAAUGAGACGAGGCUUAUUAGAAAAUUUAGGUAAUUAUUUGGUCAUUGAGCGCAGCGCUGAAGGGUUGGCAGUUAAGGACGUGGACAAUUUUAAUAUGUUGAUCAAGUUAUCUUUUUUUACUAUUGGCUCUCAUUGGUCAUCUCUUUUUUUAUGUAUUUGGUCAAGCAUGAUUCUUAGAAAUUUAUACUCUUAUUUUAAACUGAUUCAUGUGAGGACCCAGUCAUUCCUUUUCAGCAUCACGUACUCAGUAAAAAUUACUGCCUAUAGCGGCAAAAGGGAAUUUGAAGUUAAUGUUUGCCUAUGCAGUGGUCUAUCAAUUUUUAAUAACCGUCAGCAGCACUGCUGAUUUUAAAUAAUAUCGAUAGGAGUAUCCACACGCAUGCUGCAAUAUUAUUGAAGUUGGAGCCACGUUUAUCUUCUUUAUGAGUUGUUCAACCCAAGAACUGAAAGGCUUUCCGAGGGAAUAACUUGAAGAGUGAGAGCUCUGGUGGUUGUGAUGAAUAGAGCUGAUUCACUUAUUGUAUGGUUCGACCUAUCGUAGUUGAUAGUGUCUGAUAAGACAGUCCUUAUCAUUUGUGUUUUCAUUUAAAAAAAAAGAAUUAAAAUCUUAUUUACAUGCACGUUUUUUAGCUCAUGAAAUGAAAAAAUCAUUUGCAGAAAAAGCACUCACAUAAAAAAAAGUAAUGAUACUUUGGACUUAAGAACCUUUGUAUCAGGUCCAUCAAUAAUAUAUACUUGGGAGAGAUCAGUUAAUCAAAAAUCAAUAUCGAAAGCCAAAGGACAAUAUUGUUCGACAAUUCUAGUGAAAAUAAGUCAGGGAUUUCGCUGCAUUCUGAACCAUAAACCAUGCCAGUCGAUAUUUCUAGUUUUUUCAAAUUCUGCAUGGAAGCGCUUUAAUGUAUAAAAUAAAUUCCAACUAUAACUUCAAAAUUACAAAAAUAAUAAGUUAUUUCUUUGUCUUGUAAAAUCGUCAGUGUGCAGAUAGGCGGUAUAGUUCCUUAGCCAUUGAUAUAUUGGAGUAUAAUGUAGUUCAUAUGUUAGAAAAGAAACGAAAAAAGUUUAAGUUUUGAAUGUUUGUAUUCAAUUUUGAUACUAAAGAGUGAAAAAAGAUGAAAAACAUUUGUCAAAGGAUUCUUUGAUAGUUGAAUCGAUUGAUGUAUUGAAUUUCCAUAAAUCAAUUGUGACUUGCCGAAGUCUUGGCUGCUGAUCGGUUUGAAAGCAUAUUGAUGAGUCUGUUCUGGCAUCAACAAACAAGAGUACAUCAUAGUUUCUUCGUUAGAAAAAGAAAAGGCUGAACUGAGAUUGAAAAUUAAGCUUCGUUUUGUUUAAUUUUAUCAGUUAACCUUCUCUUUUUUUGUUGUUUUAACCGUUGGUCAUUCUUUUCAUAGCUAUUGAGCAUUAAAAUCUUCGUUCUCAGUUCUUUUUUAUUGGUGUUUGCGAAAAUCAAUUUCACUUGAACCAAUCAUUGUUGCAAUUUUAAAGACUUUUAAUGGCCUUAAAAAGAAGUUUCUCGUUACAUCUUGCCUUAUUAAGUACUCUAAAUGAUGCAUCUCUGAUCCCAAAGCUGAACUUUUUCCCAAAGACUCAUUUUCUACCUCGUUGUGUACUGCUUUUGAAACCAGGAAAUAAAGGCACUAGUCAAGUGUCACAAAACUUAUAGUCAUAAAGUUUUGAAUAAAAAAUCUAAUGACUUUAACCCUUAAAAUUCCCUGGGAAAUUAAUUUAUCAGCUCAGGACCUAUUCUGUACCACAGGAGUGCCUAAGUCAAUGUCCCUAACUACAAUAUCAUUUAAUGUGGAGUGAAACAAGUCCUCGUUUAGUGUGGACGUUAUCCUCUUCUCUACUUGAAAGACGUAGAUGUUCCUCACUUCUCGUCAGUGUUGUCUUAUACAAAUGCCACAACUGAGCGCAUUUCAAGCAAAUGGAUGACUGAAUUCUGGAUACAAGUGACUCAAUAUUUGUCGCUCCUCAAAUAGAUGUGGCAGUAUGUUACUUUUUAUCCGUAAAAAAGAGAUUAUUGUCAAGAAAAAUUGGGGAACAGCAUGAAAUAAUAAUUUAAUUACUCUAAUUUCUUAAAGUACCCGAUGUAUUGCGCUUCAUGUUUUUGGAGCUCAGCCACUGAAAUCGAGCCUCUUUUAGUCAAUUUUUUAAAGGUUGAAACAUUCCUCCAAAGGCUGUAAUACAAUUCCAGCCUUGAGCCUAAGUGAAUGGUAUUUUUACAGAAAAAAAAUUAUAAUUUUUCUCAACUUAUCCACUAUUGGCCCUUAAAUUGUUUUAAUAUUGCUAUUAUCUUUUUCUUUGUUUAUGAAAAUUAAAAAAAGCGACCGCAUCCCGUGUGGGUAUUGGUGAUAAAAUUUAUAUAAAGCUCUACCAUGGCGGUUUAUUUUAAUCUUAUUAUCACCUCUUGUUAUCUUUUAAUUAUGUUAAUAACUUUGUGUUAUAUGUAUGAUUCAACUGUAUUUUAAAAUUUGUAUCUAUAUGAUUUGUACGUUACAUUUGUUGUUGUUUGUUCGCAAUUGAUUGAUUUAUUUAUUCCUUAUUUGUGUUAUUUUAAGUUGAAUUUACCUAUUCAUGAGUUGAUUUCAUUGCUUUUAUUGUUCUUAUAAAGUACAGGAUGUUACAGGUACAGAAGCGAUUUGUACCGUUGGAACGGUUGUUAGUUAGCUCUUUUAAUCAGGGUAGUAGUGCAGGCCUGUUCGUCUUGUUCCUUGCCGUAAUACUGCAGAUAAGUGAUCUUGGAUCUAUGGAAUCAAAUUGCUGUCAAGUUUAGAUUGUUCUGUAAAUAGGGUUUUUGUUGACAGUGUUGCCAUGUAUGAUAGGAUCUACUCAAAUUUUUCCUGCUUGUAGCCUCCUGAAGCAGCUGAAAUAAUUUGAAUUUUUGUACUUUUUCUUGAAUGACUUAUAAAUUGAACUGAAAAAUUUGAAUUUUUUCUUUCAUGGCAGCCCUGGUUUUGAACAAAGUUUGUACAUUGAGUAAGGGGAAAAUCUACAUAUAUUUGAAAAUGGUGAGAAUCGGCCCCACCAGUCUCGGACUUUCUUGUAAAUUGCAUUUUUAAUGUUAAAUUUUUGAUAAUUGAUUUGUAAAUUCCAAAUAAAUUAUAAAAACUGGACAA